AUGCUUUUCUCAUGGAUUGCAGUAAAACAAAGCCUUAAGGAUGUGGGUUUUCAAGCUGUGGAUGUGUUCACCACUGGUAAAAGGGAUGGAUUCAGAAGAACAAUCCUUCUCCUCCUCAUCUGUAGCAUCUCCAGCCUCCUGCUCAGCUCCCUGCUCCUCCUGUACCUCCUUUUCGCUCUGGACUAUGAGCUAGCAGUGGCUGGGGGGAUUGCCGCCUGCUUUGGGACACUGCUGACUGUUGCCCUCUUCCUAUCAAAGAGAGUAAGGUGUUUAGGGACUCUUUUUGUUAUAUCCAUUUUCAUGAAAAAGAGUAGGAACUUGCUGUUAACUGCUGGAACCAGCUUAGUGGUUCUUAAGAACAUCCGUAACACUCUGGAGAACCUCUCGCUGCUGGUCAGGAGUAUGAUUUGCAACCUGAAGGCAAAAAAAGCCUCCAUCAUUGCUCCAUUUACUAACUAUGUUCAGAUGUUGAAGUGGAUCGGAGACAUGCUCAAAGGGGUUACAAACCUGGGAGUAGUGAGAUUUGACUCCCAGCUCAACGUCUCUCCAAGAUUGGAAUCAGAAGAAUUCAGGCAGAGGCUCGCAGGAGCAGAGCAGAAGCUCAACGAGACUGUUAAAUAUGCACAGGCCCUGAUGAAUACAGUGAGCUCAGUGACCGACAGGAUGUUUCCUGCCAUCAGCUUCCUGGUGCUCAUGAUGUUUAUAGCAUUGCACAUAAAAAAAUACUGCAGAGACAUGAAAUACAAAAACAGGUUCAUCAGCAGCAAGUUUGUUCAUUUUGACGAGAAGCAGAAGGCGGAAGGAAAAUCCCACGUCCUUCCCCUCACGGCAGAGGAGGAGCAGCUGUACACCUUCAUUCCCUCCGCCCGUCCCACAACAAGAGAAGGGAAAGCUAUGGUGAAAUUUGGAAUUCCAGUUGUCUCCCAUUUCAUAGCUUGGGUCAUAUUCAUAACUGUGGACGCCUUGCUGUACUGUUUUGUUGACAUUGUUACAGCAAGGUUAUCAGAGCUGGAGCCAUUCCACAUCCCUUUGUUAAUGAGCAUCAAAGGAAUUGCAACUUUAAUUGGAAUGUCUCUUGGACAAGAAAAUCAUGAAAAAGACUUUUCCUACUCUGUGACUCUGUUUGAGAAGCAGUGCCUCCCCAAACCCAAGUUGUUGCUAUAUAGUUCUGUAAUUCCACUGACUGCCAUCCUGCUCACCCUGCUUGUUAUGGCUCUGAUGUCAACCAAAGUCUCCCAGCUAAGGUUGAUGGUCUGUGAACAGUUCUUCCCCUCUGCUGCUGAGGAGAGAGUGGAGUACCUCCACGGCAAAAUCCUGAGGAAGAGAUUCAAAAUGAGAAAGGAGAAAAACAACUGCAGCCUCAGGGUUGGGCCUCCGUGCAUGCACCCACCCACAACCUCGGUGACACACCAACCAGGACCCAAGCCCCAAAGGCCCAGCCAGAGCCCCAGCCCGGAGGCAGAGCACGCCCAGAACCCCAAGUCCACUCUGGACCCACCCAGAGUUCAGCUAGACUACCAGGUCGGUAACCUUCGUCCGCCAGCACAGACCCUCCUCCAGCCCUGCUGCAGGCAACCACCAGGAAAACACCACCCAAGAGCCACAGAUCCCCAUUCAGUUCAGUACCACAGCCCCCAGGUUGAGUCCCCGAAGAAUCCCCAGACACCCCAAGCCUGUACCUACCCCUACAUCAAGCGCAAUAAUGAAGGCGGGAAGACUAAUAUGAUCUUUCAGACGGUCUCUAUAAUGCCAGGGUGCAUCUAA